CAUGUGUCUGCUCUGCUUGAGGGGGUGUUUUUCACUUUAAGAGGAAGCUUUUCUUCUCUCUGUCUCACAUCAGUCUCACAUCAGGAGCCAGCCUGUCAGCUACAUAUAUCAUAGAUCUUAUCUUCUGCUCUGAGGUACAGUAUGUCUCGUCUGGAGAAGGCCAUUGUAUCCAUGGUGGAGGUGUUUGAGGAGUAUGCUACAAAGGAUGAUAAGAAUGGCCAGCUUAGCGGUACAGAGCUCGCAGAGCUGAUGAAGAAAGAGCUGGCCAGCCCAGAGUUCCACGGAAAGGUGGAACCAGCAGUGCUCCAGGAGGCGAUGACCAACCUGGAUAAGAACCAUGAUGGGGAGAUCAACUUCAGAGAGUUCUCCAUGUUCUUGGCUACUCUGGCCAGGGGCUACUACAGAGCCAGAAACAAGGGCAAGGGCAACAAGGGCAAGUCUGACAAGCCUGAAUGAGGGGGCGAAAAAUUACCUGUUGUCAGGUGUGGCCAGUAUCGAGACACAGACACACACUGCUUUUCUAUGAUAAAAGAGAGAAAAUGAUACACUUACUGUAACUUGGAUGGUGCUUUUAAGAUGUCUUCUCUACAUUUCCCCUGUUUUUAAAAUUAAAUCUGACUUGCUUACUA